GACUGAACAUGGCAGCCAUGGCAACACACGGCAGCUGACAGCUGGACACAUGAACAUAUUCGCAACUUUCUCCCAAGCUUUUCAGCGGUUUAUUUGAGACAUAUGGUUAUUAAAACUGGCUGUGAAGUAAGUUAUAGUCUUUAAAUGUAGCAUAGGUUUGACAGGUAGCGUUGACACAAAAAUAACGAGCCUCAUGCUUAAGUGAGAUUACCAUUUAGCUAGAAUGCUAACUAAGCUGCUAGUUAGUUUGCUUCUCAUUAUGUCAACAACGUGAGCUUGUAGCCACACUUUGCCACCGUUUGCUCGGUUGUUAUCUUGCCGAUUUGUUCGCUACUAUGUCAGGGGAGAGAGCUCCUUUGCCCGGUGGGGGUAACAGCCUCCUCCUGGGGAACCGGACCCGGUCUUACGGUAGUUUGGUCCGGUCUCCUCUCUCUCCGGUUCGCCAGAGACGCAUUGAACACAACAUUCAGCCCGGAGAAACACUGCAAGGCCUGGCCCUGAAAUAUGGAGUUUCUAUGGAGCAAAUCAAAAGAGCCAACAGGCUGUACACCAAUGACUCCAUAUUCCUGAAGAAGUCCUUAUCAAUCCCUCUGCUGCCAGACUUGGCCCACUGUAGUGACGGGGGGGAUUUGUUCGAAGAGGACGGUGCUGGCUCGGUCUCCAAACAAAAUGGGCACACGAGGAGCCCCUCAGAGAGGAAGCAGAACGAUGGCAGAGAAAGAGCGUCGGACCUCACUCCAGUGGACUUUUUGAAAAGGUUGGACGACUUGAUAAGUCAAUCCAAGCAGGCGGCGGUGAGAGGAUGUCAGGAGGCAGAGAAGAGGGUGGCCUCGAUAGAAGCAGCUUGCAGCAGCGAGGCCUCAGACUGUCGGCCGCUCACCAGGUCGCAGAGCGCCUUUUUAUCUCCCACAAUGCAGCAGGCAUCACAUGUGGCCGUUCCCUUCACUAUCACCAAACUCACCAGGAAACUGAGAGACGGGGAGGAUGAGAUCUUCCAGCUGUGACGUGUUGUUCGUGCACUCUGAUCAUUAAAGAAGAACAACUCUCAGAAAGCCACGUCGCAGGAUUUGAACAUUUCAAAAAGAGGAAUAUAUCUCCACUCAUCCUGCAGCUGUAUGCCAUUUUUUUUGUUGAACUUAUAAAGUUACACUGUAUUUAAACCGUUUUUAAAACAUGAA